AUGGAGCAUGGCACGUUUGCUCAAGAUUUUUUCUGCCGAUUGUGCGCAUCGGAAGGAGUUGUAAUACACCCUCUCUUCCCACCGGGAGACGACGACCCGAAGGAUGAGCUGGUGCGAAUGAUAGAGGUGCUGACGUCGGUACACCUUGUGCAAACGAGUGAUGCCGGAGCCGUGAUAUGCGAUAAAUGCUUGCAGAUGUUAGACUUGUUCUGCAGAUUCCGUGAGGAAUGUCUGCGUCAAGAUGUGCUCAUACGCAGCAAACGUACGCUGCUUGCCGAGGAGCUGGAAAUGCAACGUCAGCAGUUACAUCAGCUACAGGAACAGCUAUUACUUAGGCAGCAGCAGGAAGUGUCCCAGCUGCAACUCGUUCCGUUGCUAAAACAGGAAACCGACGAAGGAGAGACUGAUAGUAUACAACAGGUGAUAGCAGAAGGCUCAGAAGAGAUCGUGUGUACCCCAACCACGCCACUGUUUAUAGCUACAGACGCCUGCCAGAAUGAGUACGAGGAACAGAACAAAUACCAUCAGAUUCUAGUCACGGAGAACACCACGGCUGAGGUUGAACCGAUUCUGCACCAAUACGUUGGUACGCAUGAGGCCAUACAAACUUCCGAUCUCAACGGUGGAUCCUAUACAACGCCUGGUAUAGCGAUGUUUUCCCAGAUGGAUACACUAUCGUUUUCGGUACAAGUAGACGAAACGUCACUGGAAGGUACACCAGCUACCGUCAGUGGAACGGUAGUAUGUAAUACGGGUCACUCUUCGCCGAGUGUGGCUCGUCGGAGAAAACGAAUGGCCAAACCGAACUUCAAAAAACCACCGCCUGCAUGUGACCAUUGUCAGGAGAACUUUGCUACUUAUUACGAGUUCCAUCAGCACAUGAACCAGCAUCACGCCUGGGACAAAACCAGUCGAUGCUCGCUGGCCUGCGAUCCCUGCCAGAUGCGGUUCACAAAGUCCUACAACCUGAAACGCCAUAUGUAUGAAGUCCACGGUGAGCAACCAUUGGGUCUAACGGUGAUCGCGUGCGAGGACUGUGGCAAGCGAUUCCUGCGUAACGACAUGCUGGAACGACACGUCGCCAAAGUUCACCGGAACAAGAAAAAAGUAAAAGUCAUUGCCAUAUAAAUGCCAUGAUUAGGUUUUCUCGAAUGUAAGAGCAUGUACUUUAAAUUGUCCAUUGGUAUGCGAUAAGCAUUUCUCAUUAGUACUAGCGGGUUGCAAAGUAGAAGGCAGGGACUAGUAUAUAGCCACUGUACAAAGGGAAACAAGCAUUUCAAACGCCACAUCGAAGUGUGAUCAGCAGAAGUAUUGAUUUUGUUAAUUUCAAAGAAUUUACAUCAUCGUCCAUCUCAACACCCAAGGGCAGCAUCUCUCCGGAACGCCACCGAAAUACGAAAAUGUCCAUCGUCGGCAGUAAAGAUUUAUCGAAACAACGGAUGUUUUUCUUCAGAAUGUUUGAAACAAUUUAAUUUAGAUGAAAAUUUCGUUUGAUAUACGAAUAGCAUUAAAAAGUAACCGGAGUUCAUGACAGUAUUAAAGCGAAUCAAAAGAAUCAGUCGGGUUUGGGCAUGAAAAGCAUUUAAAAUUAUUUGAAUAAAAUCAUUCCUAAUAUUCCUUGUCGCAUC